CACACAUGGAUAAACCACACCCUUUCAACCGUUUCCCUCUCCAUUCAUUUUCUCACCACAACAGACAAAUAUAAAUUUCAUUCGCAACACACACACACACACACACACAACAUAACCAUUCUCACUCACUUUCCCACCUUCUUCUCCGUUCUCUCAUCAUCAUCAUCAUGAUGGAAGGCUACGCGCUUCCACCACCACCCGGUGAAGAGGACGCGCCACCGCCGUCAUGGGGUAGGCCCAAUUCACAAGAAGAGGACAUUGCCAUUGCCUUGGGUGCCCCUCUUUCCUUUAAAUCCAUGCUUCUACAACAACCUCAACCACAACCACAACCACAGCCACAGCCACCACAACUUGACCCUUACUUCAACUUCAACAUGAACUCUGCUAUUCCCAUUCCCUUUGUUCCAACCAUGGAAUCUUUUCCCCCUCUGGACCCCUUCUCACCAUCACUUUCAUCAUCUCCUUUCUUCAACAACAGCAGCAACACCAGCAUGCCCUUUGACCCGGGCUUUGACAUGGGCCUGGACAACGGGCUUCACUCUUCGUGCCCCCCUCUUUUCCCCCAGGUUCAGCCGGGCUUCGAGUUUGGAGAACUGGAAGCUCUGACUGCUGCUGCACCUGGGCAUGUGCCGUUUAUGGAGGGGGCGAAGGUGGAGAACCCUCUUGAGAGGGUGCAGCCGACCCUUUACCGGAAGCGGAGGGGAACGGCGGAGAUUCCGGGGCUGGAGACGGUGAGGAGGAAGGGGAGGAAGUGGGAGGAGAGGGAGGCUGAGGAAGGGAGCAGUGCUGACGUGGAUGGUUCUGGGUUGAAUUAUGAGUCUGAUGAGAAUGAUAAUGGAAAUAAUGGUUUGAAGGGAAGUGAGAAUGGUGAAGAUCACAAGGGGAAGAGAAAGGGGUUGCCUGCUAAAAAUCUCAUGGCGGAGAGGCGCCGCAGGAAGAAGCUCAAUGAUCGCUUGUACAUGCUCAGGUCUGUUGUGCCCAAGAUUAGCAAGAUGGAUAGGGCUUCAAUACUUGGGGAUGCAAUUGACUACCUGAAGGAGUUGCUGCAGCGGAUUAAUGAUCUCCAUAACGAGCUGGAGUCGACUCCGGCGGGCUCAUCGAUGCCGCCGUCGGCUUCUACAAGCUUUCAGCCUCUCACCCCCACCCUGCCAACUCUUCCCUGCAGGGUCAAGGAGGAACUGUAUCCUGCCACCUUGCCAAGCCCCAAAAAUCAAGCUGCAAAGGUUGAAGUUAGAGCAAGAGAAGGGAGAGCUGUGAACAUUCACAUGUUUUGCACCCGCCGACCAGGCCUUUUGCUGUCUACCAUGAGGGCUUUGGACAACCUCGGAUUGGAUGUACAGCAGGCUGUUAUAAGCUGUUUCAACGGCUUUGCUUUGGAUGUGUUUAAAGCUGAGCAGCAAUGCAGAGAAGGACAGGAUGUGCUACCUGAGCAAAUCAAAGCAGUGCUCAUGGAUUCAGCAGGGUUUGGCAUGAUGUGAAGAAAAUGCUUGAUGAGUUUUCCUUAUAGAGCAACCAACCAUAGUUGCUGUGGCUUGCAGUUUGUAAAUGCAGUGCUUCUUCUACUCUGUAGAGGCUUUUCUGUUUUGGACAAGAUCAAAUAGGUAGCUGAAUCUGUAGGUUGAGUUAUCUUUCGUACUUUUUUCUUAAUCGUUCUUUUCACAAAAGCCAACUUCUGCUGUUUACUUUAUUUUCAACUCAUGUAAUAAAUCGUUUUAUUUCUUUUCUAUUC